AUGGCAGGGUCAGUGAAAGAACUAGUCCGCAACAUUAGAAGCUCAAAAACAGCCGCUGAAGAGCGCGCUGUACUGGCCAAAGAGUGUGCAAAGAUUAGAAGCUCUCUACAUGAUGAAACUUCUGUCUCACGGCGCAAAAAUGUCUCCAAACUGCUCUUUAUACACCUACUGGGAUACCCAACCAACUUUGGGCAAAUCGAAUGCAUCAAACUCAUUGCGUCAAGCAAAUUCACAGACAAAAGGAUUGGAUACUUGGCUCUGAACCUCCUGCUAACCGAGGAAAGCGAAGUCCUAAUGUUGGCCACAAACUCCAUCAAAAUGGAUCUCAACAGUCCCAAUCCCUAUGUGUGUGAAUUGGCGUUAAGAGCACUGGCAAAUAUAGGUACAAUCGAGAUGUUACGCGAUCUGCAAUAUGAAAUUGAAAACCUGCUAAGGUCAAACGUUCCCAACAUAAAGAAGAAAACUGCUGUUUGUGCAACGCGUAUGUUGCGUAAAGUGGGACAGAUAAACUUGACUCCUGAUUUCGCAUCUCUGGAUUUAGCGAAAACUUAUUUACAACACGUCCCUACGUUACUCAACGACUACAAUCACGGGGUCAUUUAUGCAGGACUGAACUUGACCAGUGUUCUUAUCGAAUAUUUUGCUCAAUGCUGUGAUUUUCCAGCCCUUUUUAAGAUUAUGGUAAAUUCUCUAAAAGUUGUAAAUGGAGGAAAUAGCUCUUCACUUGGUCAUAAUGUUGAAUAUGUAUCAAGCGGUAUUAAUGAUCCAUUCUUGCAAGUUAAACUAUUGUCCCUCAUUAAAUUGGUCUACGCCAAAUGUCCACAAACUUCAGAGUUACAGAAUGAAUUCUAUGAUCUUAUAUAUGGAAUAAUCAAUGUCACGAAUGCAAACAGUAAUGCUGGAUGUUCUCUGCUUUACGAAUGCAUACGUGCGGUGUAUUCUGAAUUUGGUAAUGAGAAAUUCAACCAACUAGGAAAAGACGUUGUAAAUAAAUUCAUGUGCGGAAAUAACAACAAUAUAAAGUAUAUCGCCCUUGGAAUACUUAAUAAUGUACAUAAUGUUAAAUUAGAAUAUGGAGAUUCAAACUGGUCCAUAAUUGUUCAAUCGUUCAGACAACCUGAUGUUUCUAUACGUAAAAGAGCCCUUAAUGUUGCUCUAAAGUUGGUAGGUAGUGAUACCAUAAAACCACUUAUGCAACAUCUCUUUGAGUUCCUUCUAGUUGCGGACAGAGAUCUGAAAAGAGAAGCUCUGUCCAAAAUCACACACUCGCUUAUUACACACUCUCAAGAUUACGAAUAUAUGUUGGGAACAAUGGUCAAAAUAUUCACUAUUGCUGGAAAUUCUGUAUCGGAUGAUAUUCUAAAUAAUUUUAUCGCAUUAGCCCUGAAAGCGCCAAAAGAGGCCCAAGUAAGCACAACUAUCUCCUUGUUUUCUUCUGUGAAGAAUAACAUGGCACAAGAAGCACUUGUUAAAGCAUCACUUUGGUGUAUUGGUGAAUUUGGAGAUUAUCUGGUCGAAUCACAACUACCAAAAUCGGUACAGUCUACUCCAAGAUCAAGUGUUGUUGCCGCCCAUAACCUUUUGGUUGAAGAAAAGCCGCAACUUAAUGCCACAGAAAGCACAGAUCUCCUUAAUCUUGAUUUUGUUCCUCUGGAAAAAACAAAGAGUGUUGAAGAUAACAUAGAGGAUCUCUUGGAUUUUGACGCUCCAAAAAAGACUCCAGUGGCAACUGAUGAUUUGUUCACUAUUGAAACGGACCCACUACCUCUGGAGAACGUUGUACCCAAUGGAGUAGACGUUGAUAACAGCGAAAAAAUUAUGGAAAUCAUAGAAUUAAUAGCCAAAAGGUUAAUGGCAAAUGUCCAAGGAAAUUUAACCAGCAGCGAGUACCUGCUUACAUGUGUAGGAAAACUUACACAACGAAUACCCUCAAAACGGGAGAGGCUACGCAAACUAAUCAAAAAAUUCAAGAGACAAGCAAAUGCGGAGUUACAGCAAAGAGCUUGUGAACUAGAUGUUAUUCUAGAGUCAGAAAUUGAAGUACUGGAUAAAAUCAUGCGAAAGGUACCUCUAUAUACAGUAGGUACACAGCCAGAAGCUGAUCAAAAUUUUGUUCAAAGAGUCAAGGAACCCACACGCGAACCAUCUCUCCUAGACAUUGAACCAAGCGCUCCAGCAAAACCGGCAGCCAAGAAGGAUGACCUGCUCCUUAUCGACUUUUUCGAUACGCCAGGGGAUAUCCCAUCAAAACCCGAAAAGGUACCGACGACAAAGAGCAUAAAUUCCCUGCAAUACUCAUCCUCAAUUGCAGAUAUUGACUUGCUAGGUGAUAUGGAUGACUUUGACACCAAGCCCGCUUCAGAAAAACGCAUGGAUAACACAGAUGAUUUUGGUCAAUUUGACCCAUUUUAA